AAUUAAUCUGUACGACAUCCGCCGGUGCCAGUAAAAAGACGGCUGGCUGACGGGAAGAGCUGAUCAUGCGGCAUAGAGAAGGAAUCGGUAGGAGGAGAGAGCAGAUAUAUUCCUGAUUUCUUCCGAAGACAAACACAUGUGAUCAAGGAUCAGACGGAGAGACCGCAGCCGGCCUCAGCAUGGGUGACCUGUUGGUGCUGCUGGCGUUGCUGUGGACAUCAGGAGUAAAGGCAUUAGAAAAACACGAGUCAAAAGAGGUUGCGUACAGGUUGGUGGGAGGAGCGAGUCGUUGCUCAGGUACACUGGAGCUGAGGCUGGAAGAGUGGAGACCAGUCGCUGCCGCUGACUUGAUCCUGAGGGACGCCGCUGUGGUCUGUGCACGUCUGGGCUGUGGGUCGGCUCUUUCUUUAGAAGAAAAGUUGCGACCGUCGCCCGCGCCGAUGUGGAUGAUGCCACCUAAUUGUCUUGAGUCAGGAAAGUCUUUGAAGGAGUGUGCUUAUCCACGGAGUUACAUUGUGCACCUAGACCUCACCUGUUCAGACUCCAUUAGGCUCCUCAAUGGGACCAGUAUGUGUUCAGGCAGACUGGAGGUGAAGUCCUCCCAGUCUGACCAGUCCAACCAGAGUUGGUCCUCUGUGUGCGAAGCUGACUUUGACCACAAAGCCGCAGAAGUGGUCUGUAGGGAAGUUGGCUGUGGGCCUCCUGUUGUCCUCCAGGGGGCGCUCUACGGAGAAUCGGGGUCUCCAACAUGGGCCGCAGCGUUCCAGUGUGCAGGAGAUGAAGUUUCUCUCCUGGGCUGUAGGAGCUCAGGCUCAGCCAGACACACCUGCUCACCUGGCAGAGCUGUAGGACUCACCUGCUCAGAACCUGUCAGGUUAGCGGGAGGAACCAGCCGCUGUAAAGGUACGCUGGAGCUGAAACAUCAGGGAGAGUGGAAACCAGUAAAUGUCUAUGGGAUCAGCUACAAGAGAGCGUCUGUUAUCUGUGAACACCUUGACUGUGGCUCUGCUGUUUCUGUGAGGAGCAAAGUCUCCUCAUACACAUCCGUAUUAGCCAUUCGCUCUGACUGCCUCCCUCCUAUCCACGCUCUAAGAGGCUGUGUGUCUUUAAACCAACUGUCCGGCAUCACCGACAUUUUCUGUUCCGACUCCAUUAGGCUCCUCAAUGGGACCAGUAUGUGUUCAGGCAGACUGGAGGUGAAGUCCUCCCAGUCUGACCAGUCCAACCAGAGUUGGUCCUCUGUGUGCGAAGCUGACUUUGACCACAAAGCUGCAGAAGUGGUCUGUUGGGAAAUUGGCUGUGGGCCUCCUGUUGUCCUCCAGGGGGCGCUCUACGGAGAAUCGGGGUCUCCAACAUGGGCCGAAGCGUUCCAGUGUGCAGGAGAUGAAGUUCAUCUCCUGGGCUGUAGGAGCUCAGGCUCAGCCAGACACACCUGCUCACCUGGCAGAGCUGUAGGACUCACCUGCUCAGAACCUUUCAGGUUAGUGGGUGGAGGAGCCAGCCGCUGUGCAGGUACUCUGGAGGUGACUUACCAGGGACAGUGGACAACAGUGGGAGGUGACAACCUGACCUCAAAUGAAGCAGCUUUAAUCUGCAAACGUCUGGGCUGUGGCAGCGCUGGUGCCUUGCAACUACAACGGUCACCAAGCAUCGUCACCGAGACUCUGGUCCCUGAAUGUGUUUCCUCCGGUUCCCCUCUAAGGGAAUGUAUUUCUUACAAAUUCUCCUUUCAGAAUGUGAAUCUUACUUGCUCAGGUAAUUAAGCCAUCACAACGUCACGUGGGAAUCUAAUAGUCUUGAUAUCCUUUUUCAGCCGACCUUCUCCAGAACAAUCCACUCAUAAAGUCUACAGAGGCAAAUUUGUUUUUGACGUUUUUCCAAACCUCAACAGAGUACUUAGUAUUAACCGACUUAUAAUAGGUUUAUAAUGAGCCUGAAUGAAUCAGAAAACUUUGAU